AAUACAGUAUUUUUUACCCACAAUGCCUAAAGCUUAUUGUGCCAUGCUUUCUGUACGUACACUAGGAACUUGAAUAAUCUUAGCCGACAAAAAUGUCGAAAAGACGUAUAGACGUCGGUGAUUCCCUUUCACAAAGUAAACGUGGACGGGAAGAUGAAAAAGAAAAGAAAGAUGAGAAGUCGUACAAGUCGGUGUUUGAGCAGUUUGGGAUCUCCAAGCCGACGUUACAGAUGAAUCCCUUCACAGGCUUGCCGUAUACUCCAAAGUACUUUGAGUUACUGAACAAAAGGAAGAUGCUUCCUGUCUGGGAGUACAAGGAGAAAUUCUGUGAGAUCCUGAACAAUCACCAAAUCCUCGUGCUGGUUGGUGAAACCGGCAGUGGAAAAACAACACAGAUUCCUCAGUGGUGUUUGGAGUGGGUGCGGUGUCGGUAUCAGAAGAAGGGAGUGGCUUGUACCCAGCCCAGGAGGGUGGCCGCUAUGUCCGUCUCUCAGCGUGUGUCAGAGGAAAUGGAUGUGGGUCUCGGACAGGAAGUAGGGUACAGCAUUCGAUUUGAGGACUGCACUUCGUCAAAGACUCUACUCAAGUACAUGACAGACGGUAUGUUACUUCGGGAGGCAAUGUCAGACCCUCUAUUGGAAGCCUAUGGGGUGGUCAUGCUGGACGAGGCCCACGAGAGGACACUGGCCACAGACAUUCUUAUGGGGCUCCUAAAGGAGGUAGCCAAGCAGCGGGGCGAUCUCAAAAUCAUCGUCAUGAGUGCCACCCUAGACGCCGGAAAGUUCCAGAAUUACUUUGAUAAUGCCCCUCUGAUGACAGUGCCAGGCAGAACACAUCCUGUGGAGAUCUUCUACACUCCAGAGGCCGAGCGAGACUAUCUGGAGGCUGCCAUCCGGACCGUGGUCCAGAUCCACAUGUGUGAGGAGGGACCUGGAGACAUUCUGCUCUUCCUCACUGGACAAGAGGAAAUUGAUGAGGCAUGUAAAAGACUACAAAGAGAAAUUGAUAACCUGGGACCAGAAGUGGGGGACAUGAAGUGUAUCCCCCUGUACUCUACCCUGCCCCCCAAUCUACAACAGCGGAUCUUUGAGCCAGCGCCAGCAACCAAGGCUAACGGGGCGGUGGGUAGAAAGGUGGUGGUGUCCACCAACAUUGCAGAAACCUCACUGACCAUUGAUGGAGUUGUGUUCGUGAUUGACCCAGGGUUCGCCAAACAAAAAGUAUAUAACCCCAGGAUUCGGGUGGAGUCUCUCCUAGUCACCGCUAUCAGUAAGGCCAGUGCUCAGCAGAGAGCAGGGCGUGCCGGACGAACAAAGCCCGGAAAGUGCUUCCGUCUCUACACAGAGAAAGCCUACAAACAGGAAAUGCAAGAUAACACAUACCCCGAAAUUCUCCGAUCCAAUCUGGGAUCUGUAGUGCUACAACUGAAGAAGCUAGGAAUUGAUGAUUUAGUGCAUUUUGAUUUCAUGGACCCCCCAGCUCCUGAAACCCUGAUGAGAGCUCUUGAGUUGCUGAAUUACCUGGCUGCGCUCGACGAUGAUGGUGAGCUCACCGAGUUGGGCUCAAUGAUGGCCGAGUUUCCCCUCGACCCUCAGCUGGCCAAAAUGGUCAUUGCCAGUUGUGAUCACAACUGUUCCAAUGAGAUUUUGUCCAUCACCGCCAUGUUGUCAGUCCCACAGUGUUUUGUCCGACCCACGGAAAUGAAGAAAACGGCAGACGAGGCCAAGAUGAGAUUUGCCCACAUAGACGGCGAUCAUCUGACCCUGUUGAAUGUCUACCAUGCCUUUAAGCAAUGCCAGGAAGACCCUCAGUGGUGCUACGACAACUUUGUCAACUACCGGUCGCUGAAGAGCGCGGACAAUGUGCGACAACAGCUGGCCCGGAUCAUGGACAGGUUCAACCUCCGCCGCUCCAGCACUGACUUUGCCAGUCGGGACUACUACCUCAACAUCAGGAAAGCCCUGGUCUCCGGGUUCUUCAUGCAGAUUGCCCACCUGGAGAGGACGGGUCACUAUCUGACGGUCAAGGACAGCCAGGUGGUACAGCUCCACCCCUCCACCUGCCUGGACCACAAGCCUGAGUGGGUCCUGUACAACGAGUUUGUACUGACCACUAAGAACUACAUUAGGACUGUGACCGACAUCAAACCAGAGUGGUUAAUCAAGGUAGCUCCUCAAUAUUAUGAAAUGUCCAACUUCCCAAUGUGUGAAGCCAAGCGACAGCUGGAGCGAAUUAUUGCAAAGUUGGAGAGUAAACAGUAUCAGGAAGGAUUUUAACCCAGGUCCACGGUCUAGGGGCACACAGCCUGAUACACAGUGUCAGAGGACUGAAUCUUACAGGGGACAUAGAAGUCCCCAGAACUAUGUGACUUCACCGUGUCAAAUAGUUUGGACUUGUGUUAGGAUUAUUUGUAUGUGAGGUUUAUGAGAGUGUACAAAUGGAGAUGUAUAGACAUUUGCUUAUAUAACUGCCCUCUUCAUUGCAUCUCUGAAGGUUGAAGUAAUGUAGCAUAAAACUUUUUGUUUUAUUGAAGCAAUCUUUGAACAUCAUCAUGAUUGAACAUUCUAUAAAAGUGUUUUUGUGUUUUUCAUCAUCAUGAUAAAAAAAUUCUAUUGAAGUGCUUUUGAUUUUAAAGCAAUCUUGGGAUAAUAUCUGACAUUUAUUAUAUGUAUAACAAUCUUGAACCAUCUUAGUUAUACAUUUUCAAGAACGCUGUAUUUGUUUUAAAGCAAUCUUUGACCAUCAUUUAUGUCAUCAUUCUGUAGCAUGUUCAUGGAUAAUCAUUGUUAUUUGUUGAUAUCUGUAUUUGUUGUAAGAAAAACCCAUCUAAAUCUGAGAGAAACAAAUGAAUAAAAAAUGAACAAGAAACGA